GCCAAAGGCGCUGCGGAAGAGCAGAAGCGUUGCGUUAGGCCGCUGGGUUAUUUACAGCCUCUGAAGGGAAAUGACGUUGCGUUACAGGGGGUUACGGUAAUUCAGCACGAGCUCGUUUAACCAGAGGUAACUUAGAAGAGGAGUGCCUAUUAGCCUGUCUCUUACUGGAUAAAAAUAACUUCAAAGCUGAUUUGCAGCAAUCAGAAAUAAUUGGUGAAAACCUACAGCAUUCUGUGUUACAUUGGAUGUUCUCACAAUGAAGAUAUCUUUGCUACAGCAGAUGUAUAAGGAUGUACUGGCAGGCAUUCCAUUGCCAAAGGAAAGCUAUUAUUACACCUCUUUUCUUAAUCUGUGUGUUGGGCAGUCACAAGAAAGAGAUGAAUUGCGCGAUCUGCCAUCCACUGAUGACAGUGCUAGGAGUCAUCAGGAUGCUGUUAUCCCUACAGCAGAUGAUGUAUCACAUAACUUAGCAAACAUGAACUUCUCAUUUUAUCCACGAGAAGUGAUGCUGCUUCAAUUAACUUUGAUCGAAAUGCUGGUUGCUAAAGCAGAGUCCCAGGAAAUUGGAUUCAGCACAAGACAGAAGUACUGUGAAAUUCUUCUCCUUCUUUUGAAGGAAACACAAGUUGACUCGAAAUUGGUUUGUCUUCUUGGUAGCCAUGAUCAGCUGUUAUCUCAUAUGGCUUCAAAAAGUUUAGCAUCUCUUGUAUAUUUCCAACUGAAGGAAGAAAAUGCAGUAAAUGUCACCUGGCUCAGCUUCAGUUUGAAAAGUCUUCUGGAGUUCCCUAUGCAUACCCAAGUAGCAGAAUGUCUGUGGACUCUCACGGCUGUCAUCAAGGGUGUAAUGAAAGAUAAAAUGUUACCUGGAUCAGGUGUUUUGAAGUUGUUGGCUCCUCUUGAUGCUGUGCUUGAAGGAUUUUACAAUUCCAUUCUGCAACAUCAUUUUGAUAGUCAACUCUAUAAUUCACCUUAUUCUAAAGCUGCAAACAACUUGGUCAGUUUUGUAGACCUGCUUGAAGCACUUCUGGCUUCUAGAACUGAAUUAGAGCUACCACUGAGAUGCCAGAGAGUACUGUUUUUAAAAACAUCUUAUGUCCUGAAUGUCAUUAACUCAUCAAAUCACUAUUUUAUCAAGAAGAAGUUCAUUAUGCUUCUUAAAAAAUGUGUCCUUUACAAGCCUCAAGAAGAUGCUGUAAGUGGGUCUCAAUUCUUACAAAAACCAUAUUUAAAAGAGGAUAUGCUUGCACUAAGCAAUGCUGUUCUGCGAGUUGUGAAUUUGACUUGGCUUAAUGAAAUCCCGCUCAGUGGAAAGGCCUGCUACUUUGGAGGCAGUGAAGCUCUUUCUGGAGAUAAUAGUCAAAGUGGUUCUGACCAAACUGUCCUUAGAGCCCUAAGUCUGGCUGUGCUCAAAGCACUGGAGUUGAAGAGUCAGAACUCUGCUACAGAGGCUGUAAUCAAAGAAGGCUUUGAAAGUUCCAUGUCCCAUCUCUUGGCAUUCUGGAGGAAUCACAUGAAGUGUUCCCUGCACUCUCACCCGGUUGCACAUCAUUGUGAAUGGCUCUCCUUGGUUUUUAUAGAGCAAGAUGAUGACAUGUGGGAAGCUGCAAAAGCUUUAUUACUCAUUUAUUUAAAAAUUGAUAGGUUACGGUGGGAUGCUGCAGAUAAUUUAAGUUGGGAAGAGGAGGAAAGCUGGGACUUCCAUGCACAUGCAAAUGGUUAUAAUCCUCACUGCAUAUUUUUAUUUUUUCUAGAAAAAAUCUCUUUUGAUUCCACAGUACUUCUAGAUUUUUUGAUUUCAUCAGAAACUUGCUUUCUGGAGUACUUGGUGAGGUACUUGAAACUUCUUCGAGAGGACUGGCAUCGGUUUGUAAGCAUCUGUAACCAUUUUGAUACCAAGUGUGGUUCUUCUCAAGCAAUGUCUUCUAUCAAGCCUGAACACCAAGAAAAACAAAGCUGCAUGGGUGGUGUGAGCUUGCAAAAUGCUUGUUGUGAACCAGAAUCACAGACUUUGAUACCUUUGGCUUCUUCUCACAAUUACUUAGUGUUUACAACAGAGCAAGGUGAUAAUGAAGUUGCAGAGUCUAACCAGUCUAACUCAUUGCUAUGCGAUGAUAAUACAUCUCUGCUGGGUUCUCUUCAAAGACUUGUUAAUUAUGACAGCUCAGAAGAUUCUGAAUUAGAAUCAGUUGGAGAAGAGUGCUUAGUAAACACAAAGCAGAUGCCUUUACAUAAGGAGUGUGAGACAAUGAUAAGGGAAGCUGUUUGCAGCUACACAGAUGAUAAACAGAAUAAACUCGAGUCUGAAGUGUUGCCUCUGAAACAAAAGGGAUCUAAUACCUCAUCCAGUCUGGCAUGUAUAUUGUCUUCAGAUAACAUCGUUCCUCUAAGAAUAAUGCUUUAUAAAUCAACAAAGUGUUUGGAAGAACUGCAAAAAGCAAUUUCUAGAUUGCAGGGAAGAAAUCUUUUCCCUUAUAAUCCAUCUGCACUGUUGAGACUACUGAGUCACAUUGAGAAGAUUAGUAAGAACACGAAUUCACAAUAA